GGUUUCUUUUCUUUCGGACCGGCAAAAGAAUCGCUUGAUUCGAGUGCCGCUUUUUGUGACUUUGACGGAAGAAUUGCCAAUUCUCGCGGAAUUUCGAUUCCGGAAUCACAGGACGCUUGUUUUCGGAGUAUGAACAAUCCCGAUCUUUACGUUUCCAUGGCGCUGGACGACGUUAUCAAGUACCGCAGGAACGAGGGUGGCCGCGGAGGUCGUGGAGGCCGUGGAAGAGGCGGCCGUGGUGCUCGCGGCGGCCAGCAAAUGCAACGCAACCAGUACCAGCGAGGUGGCCGGGGUGGCGGCGGCGGAUUCCCGCAAAGGUCGCCUGGCGGCAGAGUGGCCAAGAACCGGAUGGUCAACCCUGGCAUGAGACAGCCCAUGCCCUUCAGAGGAGGCCGAGGUGGUCCCAUGCCCCCGAGAGGUUUCCCCCAGUUUUUCCAGAGAGGACGUGGCGCACCUCGAGGAGCACCGCAAUUUAAUCCACGCUUGGGCUUGACCACCCAAAACAACCCAAUGAAUAUGGGUAAUAUGGGUGGUCGUUUGAGGGCAUGGACUACUGACGCUCCCCAGCCUCAUCCGAUGCCAGCGAUGGCUGUUCCUGUCCGUGGAAGGCGUGGAGGACCUCGAGGAGCAAUGCGUGGUCGAGGCCGUGGCGGCCAAAUGAGGGGCCAGCGUGUUCAGCAACAGCCACAACAACAGCAGUACAUCCAGCAGGAAGUAUACCCCCAGCAGAUGCAGCAGCAGUAUCAGCAGCAACCAGUCCAGCAGCUGCAAGCGCCCCAGCAGCAGAGAUUCAGGACUCCACGGGUCAACCAGGUUUACAAGGCACAGAUUGCCCAAGAACUGAAGAGCAGCACCCAGACUGCACGGAACCGCGUCCGACUUGCCGCCCAAGUGCUGAUGCAGCGGAAACGCCAAUUGGAUCAGCUCACCAAGCAAACUGUUGUAGCUGAGCGUCAAGCUGGUUUCAAAACCCGAGGAUUGCGUCUGCAAGGAAAGACCCAGCGCGUAACCGGACUGCGUCGAGGAGGUGGUGUCGUCCAGGGCCAAGUCGACGCUAGGCAAACCAUUAAGCAGAAGAUUGUCCGUGCCUCUGUUAACCGACAACGCAACCUACAACGCGCUCAGAACCAGCAGAUGCAGGUCAACAUGCCAAACACUCGGAUGCAACAACAGCUGCAGCAGCAGCAGAUGCCUCAACAGCAGCUACAGCCCCGUCCAAUGCCAGCUCGAGGCUUUGCUGUACAGGCUGUCCGAAGGGCGGCCGCUUAUCGUCGAGGACAACGAGGGCAGCGCGGUGGAUUCCGAGGUCAAAAGCAACUGACGUUGCACGAGAGGUUCAGCCACCAAGCCUACUGAUCAUGAGAAUUAUUGCGAUUCAGUUUUGCGAGGUGAAAAAACAUUCGAUCUUAUGAUUGCCGAGGUGUGAAUGAUGACUAUUCACUUAUAUUAUUAUUAAUGUAUAAUAUAAUAGGAGAUCUAAAUUUUUGCAGCUGUUACAUGAAGCCAGAGCAAAGGUUUUUUUGUGGAUAGAGACAAUGAGGUGCUCGAAUUAUUUUCAAAAACAAUUUGGACCUUGCCCAUCAAGAUGUACCUGGCGUUUUUGUAUGUCACAAUCAGGGCACGCAAUCAAUCUACGGUCUCUGCUAGAAUGCAAUGCUAUACACUUUCAUCUUUCGACGUACCUCAAUUUUAUUUUAACGCCUAACAAGUAAAGCUCUAGUUAACGGCUGCAAAGUCUUUCAAUUGUAUGACUACAAAUUAGAAGCUUACAAGAGUUUGGAGUUUUGUACUGGUCUUGUGUGUUAAUGUAUCGGAGGCCAUUUCACAAUACUGUGAAAGAACAAUAUUUGAUUUUGUAAAUAACAUUACAAAAUUUUAUGUCAAGAACUUUAGGAAUUGUUUAACUUAAUUUGAAAGAUGCUAUUUGAUUUGAAUAAAGAAUGAUGUGCACCCCAA